AUGGAAGUGAGUAAAGAAGAGGAGCAGGACAAAGCAUCGAUGGCUGAGAUUCCUCUACUCACUCCAUAUCGCAAGGGAAGGUUCAAUCUCUCCCACAGUUUCAGGAUUGUAUUGGCACCAUUGACAAGACAGAGAUCGUUCGGGAAUGUCCCUCAGCCACAUGCGAUCUUGUAUUACUCGCAGCGGACCACCAAAGGCGGGUUCUUGAUAACCGAGGCUACCGGCGUUUCGGACACCGCUCAAGGGUAUUCGGACACGCCUGGAAUUUGGACAAAAGAACAGGUAGAAGCAUGGAAACCAAUCGUGAAAGCUGUUCAUGACAGGGGAGGCACGUUCUUUUGCCAGAUUUGGCACGUCGGGAGGGUUUCUACUUACGGCUUUCAACCCAACGGUCAAGCCCCAAUAUCUUGUACGGACAAGCCGAUAACACCUCAGGUUGGGCUCGAUGGCACCAAAGAAGAAUUCUCGACUCCCCGUCGAUUACAAACGGAGGAGAUCCCUGGGAUCGUGGAUGAUUUCAGGAUGGCUGCAAGGAAUGCCAUUGAAGCUGGCUUCGACGGAGUUGAGAUCCAUGGAGCAAAUGGGUACCUGAUCGAACAGUUCAUGAAAGAUCAAGUCAAUGACAGAACAGAUGAAUAUGGUGGUAGCUUAGAGAAUCGUAGUCGCUUCGCUCUACAAAUUGUAGAAGCCAUCGUCAAUGAGAUCGGAGCAGAUAGAGUUGGCAUGAGGCUCUCUCCUUUCUCAGAGUUAAUGGAGUGUGUGGAUUCCGACCCAGAAGCUCUCGGUAUUUACAUGGCAAAGUCGCUCGAUCGAUAUGGAAUCUGCUAUUGCCACACGAUCGAGCCGAGGAUGGUGAGAGCGUUAGAGAAGCUUGUUACUCCCCACAGCCUUCAACCCAUGAGAAAUGCUUUCAAGGGGACUUUCAUUGCUGCUGGUGGGUACGAUAGAGAAGAAGGGAACAGAGCUAUUGCUGGUGAUUAUGCUGAUCUGAUCGCAUUUGGCCGAUUGUUUUUGGCUAAUCCAGAUCUGCCAAGGAGAUUUGAACUUGAUGCACCGCUUAAUAAGUACGACAGAAUCACUUUCUAUGUACCCGAACCGGUUCUCGGGUACACAGACUACCCAUUUCUUGAAUCUACUACCACUUAGAUUUUGAAUUUAUGAUAUGGGAGAGAUUUAUUAUCUUUGUAUUGAUGUUGUUUGCUGGAAUUUGUGCUGAUGUUGUUUUGGUUGAGAAGGCUUCUUUCAGUCUCAUAGAAUAAAAAGUGUAUA